GGGUAAAGCAACCUGGUCUUACCUAUGCACAAGUCAUGCGUUUACGUCCGAAAAGUACAUGGAUACGUGAACACCUUUUUCCCUCCUUUGUUUCUUUACCCUUGUCCAAAGGUUUUGGGUGGCGAACCUAAGGGAAUGAGCCCGUUUCAUCAUACAACAUGGCUCGGGUCUUCACUGCUAAACGUAGCCUUGUGCGCAUUAAUGGUAAUCUCAAUUCGCUCAAUCGACGGUCUUCCCGCAAGGUUCAACGCGUCUGAGUAUGCCGGUAUCCAUUCUAGGCUUCCAGCUAUCAUAAAGGAACGCGUCAGCGGAAAGCACUGCGGCAACUGGUAUGUGCCGUACAGUCAAAUGCAAGCAGCCACACGUGCUGCUAACUCCGCUGCGGCUUCCGACGACAUUGGCUACUGGUCAAUCGCCAACGCCGCCUCGUCAGCCACCUUUCAGCCCGCCCGAUCUCGCUACACCGUAAUGCGAUCCUCAGAGUCAGGACUGGGGGACCGCUUAGGCUGCAGCCUCACGGUAUUCUUGCAUGCCCUGCUAUCCAACCGUGCCUUCGAGUACGAAUGGUACGGACAUCACGUGUUGUGGGAUUCGUACCAGUCCUUUUGGAUUGACUGGCGCGUGCCGCCGGAGAGUGCUGACGAGGGCGUUAUAAUGCGGGCUGAGGACGGAACCGUGCUGCCAGUCGUGACUGAAAACCAUUUUUGGAAAGACCCAAAUCGCAGUCGCCAAAUCUCAAACUUUUAUCUCAGUGGAUAUCAAUUGGCGGAGCGUCAUCUCAUGACGCAGCUCUUCACCUCGGGAGACAUAUCCACCUACGGAGAUGACAAGGAUGUCGUAAUUUGGAAACUUAACACCGGACUGCUGAUGAAAGCCUUCAGCAACCCGCAGCAUGCGCGGCGAUUGCAGGAACUGGGCUUGACGUGGCAGUACGCCGUACCAUGCAUCUUCAACUACCUGUUCGUACCUUCUCCUGAAGCUCUGGCGCCCUUCCGUGCGGGCGAGCUGUUGCAGAAGCUGCUGGACCCGGAGAAUUUCGUGAUCGGAAUCCAGAUCCGUCUGGGCGACUGGGUGUUCAAGACCGGCGGAGGCGACCUGAACCAUGGUGCCGGCCACUUUGCCUGCGCGCAACAGCUCACGGACGAGAUCACCAGGACCUACAACCUUGGCAAUAACAACAACCCCGCAGCAGAAUCAGCCUCUAGCACCACAGGAGCCCCCACUAGCCCCGCAGCAGUAGCCCCCACUAGCCCCGCAGUAGCCCCCACUAGCCCCGCAGUAGCCCCCACAUGGCUCGAGAAAGCAGAUGCCAACCUCAACGCCAUGUUCAACUCGCGAUGGGUCAAAGCCGGCCGGCGCUCCCUGGGUCCUCUUCAAGAGCAACCACAACAAGAGCAGCAACACCAGCAGCAGCAGCUGGGGAGGCGGCAGCUACGGCAGGAGCAGCAGCAGCCCGCCGACCCGCCUGCUCCGGCCCCCAAGAACGUCUAUUGGUUCCUCAUCUCCGACUCCGCGGCGCUGCGGCGGGCGGCUAUGCAGAAGUACGGCAGCGAGGGGAAGCUGCUGGUGGCGGAGAGUGUGCCGCUGGACCACGUGCAGGACUUCCCGCAGCACAAGCAGCUCGGUCUGCACGUGGCCGCGGGCGAGGUGUGGUUGUUCGGACAGGCCUCCGCGCACAUCAUCACAACCGCCUCCGCAUUCGGUCGGCUGGGAGCGCUGGGGGCCGGGCCGCGGCCACCCCUGCCCGGCGGGCCGGAGGGCACGUCCACGUCGUCUUACCGUAUCUUUGGGGUGCCCGGAGGCGGCUUCCGGGGGACGUGCUCGCUAUCGCGCCCCGACUCGCUAGAAACCGUGGCCGGCUGGUAUAUCGGCAUGCGCAGUGAUUGAGAGGGGAAACCCAAUGACUUGAACACGGCACACGUCCUCGCGGGGACCCGCAGCCUCGCCUGGUCGUACAUCCUGUGCGGUGGGCGCUGUGUGCCUGGUGGCGGCGGUUGGCGGCUGGUUCCCGCCUCGUUACACUAAUGCAUACCGCUUAUGUGUCUGCAGCUAUGGUUACUGUGGUCCAGGAAUUGGGUAUUGGUUUAUUCUCGUGCCCUGCUGUGAGCCUUUGGCCACUGAUCCGUCUUUUCUGGUUUUGCGCGCUGCACUGUAUUGUGUAUGGUAUUGUGGCAUUGGAGGUAUGGCGUUGGCAGUAUGGCAUCGGAGGUAUGGUAUGAAUGCUGCAUGCUGAUGGCAUGCUGGUGGGAUAUGGUCACCGUACUUACUUAUUUCUUAUCCCCGUAUUUACUUCUUUCUCGGACGACUGCGAUACCUGCUGUGUGUCCUGUGGGGGUGCUGCCUCGUGCUUAAUUUGCGGCUGACAAUUAUGUGUACACAACCUCCUGAAAAGAGGAGUGCCAUACGCCGUAGGAGGCGGCAAAUGGUCCUGUGUAGAUAACGUUCAGCACCGUACGUGCAUUCGUUGCUUGGGAAGAUGGCUGCGGAAGAGGUGAGGUGGCGUGUUAGAAGCAGGAGGGGAGAUAGAGGCAGGUUUAGCGAGGACGUGUUAUUAAGGAGAUUAAGGCAGGUUUAGCGAGGACGUGUUGUUAAGGAGAUUAAGGCAGGUUUAGUGAGGACGUGUUUUUAAGGAGAUUAAGGCAGGUUUAGCGAGUACUAAGGCAACAGACACCCAACGGUGCAUGCCGCUUCUAGUGGAUUUCGGCUCUAGACGGCACACGGCACAUACGGAGUCGGACUUUGGCAUGUGCACUGCUUGCUGCUUACGAUAAUGGGUACUGGGUACUGGGUUCCGUAAAAGCUGUUGGAAUGCGGCAUUUGGAAUGCAUUUGGGGUUGGCGUGGGUACCACGCGCAUGCGCACAUACUAUAUACAGGGGUGUAUGUAUCGUCGUAACUCAGCUGCAAGGCUGUGCAAUCGUGAGCUGUAGGUGCAUCGCUUGUGCGUACAUUGAUACACGGGGAAUGGCUCGCCUCUCUUGAACAAGUCGAGGUAGCACUCUGCUGCAGAAGUCUGCUGCUGCCAAGAUGGCUGGCGCCUCGUUACUACACAGAAAGCAUUGGAGCACGGUUUCAACCAUG